CCCGUUGGCUCUGCAGGAAGAGCCGCGCUCCCCGCCCAUCUCGCCUGGGCGCCGGAGCCAAUCCGGCAGUGCCCCAUCACUCGCCCUCGGUUCGGAAUCUCGGCGGAAGAGCGGAAGGGGAGGCGAGCGCUCCGGAGCGGGUUCGUUUCCUUGUCGAUUUCGCCGAGAAGGGAUGGCGGUGCCAGGCGCGUCGGGAAGGAUGCUGCCGCUGCCGCUGCUGCGGGGGCGCCUCUCUGUAGGACUGACCCUGCUGCUCCUCCAGCUCCUCUUUGCGGAGCUGCCGUGCCCGGCUGGAGCCAGCCAGUUCUCCAAGUGGGAACUGCCGCUGCCCAUGAAGACAUAUUUUCAUUUUGGAAAACUUCUCUUUAGCAACACUACUAUUUUCCUAAAGUUUAGUGGCAAUGAAAGCGCCUGUGAUCCUUCUCAAAGUUACACUGUAAGCUGGUACUUAAGAUACUCCUAUUGCUACAAUGAGGUCUUCAAUUUUGGGGAUGAACAGGCAAAUAUAUAUUUUCAAAGCAGAACAGAACAACAUCCAAGUUGGGCAGGAUACUAUGCUAUGUCUGAACUCUAUUUCCCCAAUUGUAGUGAGCUCUUCAAGCCACAGAAUUUCUACAGUGAAUUUGUUCAUCCCGUCCUCUUAGGCAGUAAAGAGGAUGGGAAAGAGAAUGGAACAAACACUACUGCAGUAGAGAAUUUUGCAAUGAAUGCUGUAAUGCAAACAUGGCAAGACGGGCCAUAUAUCUUUAUUGUAAAGGUUGAUAUUUCACCUUCAAAGGAUGGAGUGAAUAUUAAAGGAACACAUGAAGAAUUGCCGAAUGUUAUGGCUUCUUCCGAUCAACCCAAAGCACCAUUAAUCAUGACCGUGGAAGUGAUUGGACCAUAUGAAUACCUUUCUCUAGCAGAUUAUCCUCUUAUGACUUUCUUCAUGGUGAUGUGUAUUGUAUAUGUGUUGUUUGGCGUUCUGUGGUUUGCAUGGUCAGCCUGCUACUGGCGGGAUCUCCUAAGGAUACAGUUUUGGAUUGGUACAGUUAUCUUACUUGGAAUGUUGGAGAAAGCUGUAUUUUAUGCAGAAUUCCAGAAUAUUCGCUAUACAGGAAAAUCUGUCCGAGAGGCACUAAUCCUGGCUGAGCUACUUUCGGCAUUGAAACGUUCCCUUGCUCGAAUUCUUGUUAUCAUAGUGAGUCUGGGAUAUGGCAUAGUGAAACCUCGUCUGGGAGUCACUCUUCAUAAAGUAAUUGCAGCUGGAGCCCUUUAUUUGUUAUUUUCUGGCAUGGAAGGUGUCCUCAGAGUCACUGGGUCUUUCCAUGGUGUUACAGCUGCUGUAGCUAACUUCGGACUGUCUAUCAUUGACUCCUGUAUUAUUUAUUGGAUAUUUAUCAGUUUAACUCAAACAAUGAAAUUGCUGAAGCUUAGAAGGAAUGUUGUGAAGCUCUCUCUUUAUCGGCACUUCACCAAUACACUCAUCUUGGCAAUAGCAGCAUCUAUUGUUUUUAUCAUCUGGACAACUUUGAAAUUCAGACUGAUGGAUUGUAAAUCGGAUUGGCAAGAGCUAUGGGUUGAUGAUGCCAUCUGGCGGCUGUUAUUCUCAAUGAUUCUUUUUGUUAUCAUGAUUCUUUGGAGGCCAUCUGCCAACAAUCAACGGUUUGCUUUUUCACCAUUGUCUGAAGAAGAUGAGGACGAUGAACAGAAAGAGCCAAUGCUGAAAGAGAGUUUUGAGGGCAUGAAAAUGAGAACUUCAAAACAAGAAUCAAAUGGAAAUCCUAAAAGCAACAAAGCACAAGAAGAUGAUUUGAAAUGGGUAGAAGAGAAUGUUCCUUCUUCUGUGACUGAUGUAGCUCUUCCAGCAUUACUGGAUUCAGAUGAGGAAAGAAUGAUCACACACUUUGAAAGAUCCAAAAUGGAAUGAAAGAUGAAAUGACUUGUAGCAGAAGCUGUUUGAGAAAGGAAGAAACUUUGUCUAUCUUGCAAUGUUCUAGUGCCGCUUUCUCUGAUAUGUUCCAUGAACUUUGGAACCACUGAUUAUUAUCAGAGGGAAUUUUUUGUGAG